ACUGUGCCACGUUUCACUAAAUGACGUAAUCCCUCCUGUGGGCUGACACUUCACUGCUGCGGCAACAAGACACCGAGCGCGAGCGAGUCCCGGAGCCGUCUAUCUACCCGCUUCUUUCCGCUCUACUUUUCUCAUUUCACCACUUUACAGCGACUACGACGUCUGAUUGAACAUCUGUAUUUAUUCCAAACCACGCGAUUUCCCCCCCACCAGGAUUUAUAGUUCUAUUUUUAAUUAGCCACCAACACGGCUAAUGUUAGCAGUUUCCUGGUUGAAGUUUCAGCCAUUUUGGAUUUUUGCUGAGAAAACAGCUAGCCGGCCGCGGAAAACAAAUCGAGCUAGUCAUCACUGCUGACCAACGCCGAUCAUCUACGGACAGGAAAGAAGGUUUUAUCCCACGAGAAGGGAUACACUCUAGCGCGAACCAACGAUGAAUCCCGAAUAUGAUUAUUUAUUCAAGCUGCUCCUGAUUGGUGACUCUGGUGUUGGAAAGUCUUGCCUUCUUCUCAGAUUUGCAGAUGAUACAUACACAGAAAGUUACAUUAGCACUAUUGGUGUUGACUUCAAAAUACGAACCAUAGAGCUUGAUGGAAAGACCAUUAAACUUCAGAUUUGGGACACAGCCGGACAGGAGAGGUUUCGUACAAUCACAUCCAGCUACUACAGAGGUGCCCAUGGUAUCAUUGUAGUGUAUGAUGUCACAGAUCAGGAGUCCUUCAACAAUGUCAAACAGUGGCUACAGGAGAUUGACCGCUACGCCAGUGAAAACGUCAACAAGCUCUUGGUUGGGAACAAGUGUGACUUGACAACAAAGAAGGUGGUGGACUACACAACAGCAAAGGAGUUUGCUGACUCUCUGGGAAUUCCCUUUUUGGAAACCAGUGCCAAAAAUGCAACAAACGUAGAGCAAGCGUUCAUGACGAUGGCUGCAGAAAUCAAGAAGAGGAUGGGCCCCGGGGCCACAGUCGGAGGAGAGAAGCCCAAUGUGAAGCUGACUCCAGGCACUUCCGUAAAGCCUUCCUCAGGAGGCUGCUGCUGAGCGAGGAACCGCCCGUCACCUGUGUGUCACCUCACACUCUCUGCACCCCACCUCCAAACUCCACUGUGUCCCAACAAAAGCCCCCGUUCAACCAGGCAGGAUAAAGAAGACCUGAUUUGUAUCUAUGACAGAACAAGAUAAAGUUGCCUGUAUUUUACUGUACAUAACGUAGCCGCACUACCAAAAAAAAACAAAAAAAAAAACAAUUAAAGCAUCCUACUGGUCUUACUGUCCUGUUAUUGAUGACAAAUUCUACUGAUACAUGAUCAUUGAACUCGGCCCUGUAACCCACCCACAUGUUAGACCUCAGAGACUCUUUCAUUCAGGUUGAUGAGAGCUGUGUGUCUGUGUGACUGUCUCUUCAUUCCUUCUGUAGGGUUGGUAAAUGAAUCAUUUUCAUUUAGGUUUCUGCUUGUAUUGGAGCUUUUUUUUCCCCCCUCUUUUCUAUCUGUGAUGAUUUUGCUGUCUUUUUCAGAGUGUCAGUCAGUCAGUCUGCCCCCCAGUUGAAGGUGUUUUUAAUUUUUCUUACCAGCCUCUGCACAGCGUUGUCUCGGCUGUUCUGAAAGUCAAGUGCAAGUAUAUGUACAUAAACAUUAUGUAUAUAUAUGUAAAACUGGGUUUGCCAGUUCUGCCGUGUUUAACACAUGAUGAAUCGGUUUUGACUCUUUAUCUUUGCAUUUAAUAUGUGGCUCUUGACAACCUUGUUUGUUGCUAAACAUGUAACACUUAACAAAAUUCAUAAUAAAUAUUGGACUAUCCUACUGUAUAAAAUGGGAUCCUUCUUGAUGAAUGUAAAAAGAAAAAAACAUGCUGACGUGGUAAAUGGUUGAUUUGAAUACAGUCAGGAAGAGACUUUGGAAUCAUCUUUGCCGUGUGGACAAGCCUACAUGAAGUUUAUGAGGGCCAUGUCACAACAUGGGGUCUGCUGGAUUUAUGUUCAUGUAUGAAUCAUUCUUAUAGAGCUGCAAUGUGGCAUUUCCUUUAUUAUUGUGGCUUCUAAUCAUUAAAUUUCAGCUGGCUGCUCAAGUCAAAAUCUGGCUAUUUAACGCAGAACAAACUCUCCUGACAUGAGAGAACCACAUGAGUUUAAACUCCGCCCCUCACACUGCUUGUUCUUCAUCCAGUUUGAUGCGAAAUGCACAAAAAGAACAUUCAAACAAUGGUUUGGGGUCAAGGGUAAUAGUUAGAUAUAAAGACCUACAGAUGAAUUCAUGUUCUAAUGCAAUGCUUUUUGUAUGCAGAAGGUCCUCUGAUGCCAGUCGGCUACAUCUGCAGCAGAGGGCCACAUCUGGUUCACCAUAGUCGUCUGAUUAGAAUGUGAAAUUCACGUCUUGCCAGAUUCUUUUAAUCUACUUUGCUAAUUACUUCAUUGGUUGUAAUUAAAGAUGGUUUGUUUUGCUGAAACGC